AUGACGCUAUGGAUAGCGAAAUUUUUGAGCGGACGUCGUGGGAAAGUGUGCGUCGGGAACGAGAGUUCAAGAUCACGCUUAUUGCCCAAUGGUGUACCCCAGGGUUCUCCAUUAUCCCCGACCCUCUUCAACUUGUUUCUGAAUGAUCUCCCGGUUCCUAUGGAUAAUAAUGACAUACUACUCUCCUAUGCCGAUGACAUAGUUGUCGCAUCUAGGGAUGUAAAUGUCGAAUACGCGAAGGAAAGACUACAAAGAAUACUGGACAACUUAUAUGGAUGGCUAUAUGAAAACAGACUACAUGCAUGUUCCGAAAAGUCAGCAGUCACCCUAUUCACGAAAAACAGGAAGAUGGGGACGAAAACUAUUGAAGUCACGCUGAAUGGAGUCCCAAUACCACAAAAGAAAACACAGAAGAUAUUGGGUGUAACGUUUGAUACUUUCCUCUGUUUUUCACCUCAUGUUGAAUCGAUCGUGUCAACUUGUAUAAAGAAAAUCAAUUUUGUGAAAGCCUUUCUUUGGACUGUGGAAGAACUUGUCCGCCAGGGGAUUAAAAUUCUCACUCCAAGCAUCACUCUAACAAAGCUGAAACAGUUUACGUUGCGAAUCCACCUCAGAAAAUCUUGCAAUCAGCAUCGUCAUGCCUGUUUACGUUCUGCAGCUUUGCCACACUGCAAUUCAGGGCUGAAUGCUAUGCCAAUUGCUGCCCUCGGAACAUUAUUAGAGAAUGACUACAUGCGCAUCGGUACUGCACUGAGACUCGGACUUACAUCUGGGAACAACAUCGUUGCAGAUGAUAAUGCCUUUCUCACACCUUUCAUUUUCAGAAAAUUGGACUCCCAGAUACAAAAGCGAUUGGGUCUUCAGAAUAGAUUCAAUCGUAUAUGUUUGCUGAAGGAGACUUUGGACCUCCGUCGUCGUAGAAAUGAAGCAUUUGUUGAACUGCGAAAAUCAAAACAAGAAAAUAAGUUUUCAAAAAAGAGGAACAUGAACGACACGCCCAGUUCAAAUGCAGAAGAAAUACACUCCAUGGACGGAAUUCUUGCAAAUUUGCCCAAUUGUUCCCUGGACGAACUUGAACAGCACUUGGAGACAAUCCGCCUCAAAUUGUCGAUAAUAAAUCCUCCGCUGGACUUGAUAAUGAAGCACAACGUCAUUCCAAUCCUCGUCAGGUGCUUAACUGAGUUUCAACGACCGAAUCUCCAAUUCCGAGCGACCUGGGCAAUCACAAACAUAGCUUCCAGCGACUUUGAGCAUACGAAGGCCGUGGUGGAUUGUCAGGCAGUCCCACACCUGAUUAACCUCGUUCGGCCGGAGUAUGGGACUAUCGCCACUCAGGCUGUGUGGGCAUUGGGGAAUAUAACGGGGGAUUGUGCUCAAUUCCGAGACUUGUGUAUUCAUGGGGGAUAUAUGGACGCCCUUCUGUCCCUCAUCACCACAGACACUCAAAUUGAUAGUCUCCGGACAUAUUCGUGGGCGCUUUCAAAUUUAUGUCGCUACAAGGAUCCUCCUCCAAUGAAGGAAGUUAUUCUGAGAGUCCUCCCCUACGUGCGAGGAAUGUUGUGUUCGAAUGAUAUAUUGACCAUCGUGGACGGACUGUGGGCUUUGACAUAUGCUUCAGACGCGAGCGAAGAGUACAUCCCCAUUAUAAUCAACAUUCCUAUCCUCAAGAAUAUUUUUUGUAUGGAUUUGAAUGAAUUCUAUCCUCCUCUUAUUCGUAUAUUUGGGAACAUAUCCUCACACAAGGACCACUCUUACACUCAGGCUAUUCUCGACAAUGGCAUGCUUCCUCUCUUGAUUCCUCUUAUUAAUUCUCCUACCGUAAAUUUCAGAAAGGAGACGAUUUGGUUCAUGUCUAAUCUUGCUGCGGGCACUCAGUCACAAAUACAGUCCUUCAUUGACGCACAGAUUCUUCCUCUCAUUUUUUCCCGUCUCAUUACUGACAAAACAGUCGUCAAGACAGAGGCCUGCUGGGUUUUUAGGAAUAUCCUUUCUGGCGGGACAGUCGAUCACAUGACCUAUGUCCUUAAAAUGGAUGACUUUGUGCCACAAUUGUGUCAGCUUCUCCUGAUUGGUGAUUUUGCUCUGCAGGUGGACAUUUUAAAGUGCAUAUACGCAAUGAUGUGUGCUGCACAUAAGACGGGACUGUUUGAACAAGUCGCCAUUGAGGUGGAGACCUGCGACGGUCUUACUCUUAUUGAGGAUUUACAGUAUUCUGAUUCGAUCAGAGUUGCCAACUUUGCUGCUGCCAUCAUUAAAAAACAUUUCUCGGUUAAUUUAUAUUAUAUAUUCCUAGUCUAA